GGCACACUCUUCCUGGGCCUGGGCCCUUAUGCCCCCGCGCGGGCGCGGGUGGAUCUCCCGGGCUCCGACAUCUUCUUGGGUCACGCUCCGGCCUCAUUCUAGACGCCGGACACCUGUUUCCCCCUCACGCCCCCGGGACCGUGCCAGGCGGGACUACAUUUCCCAGGAGUCUUUGCGGCCAGGCGAGCCGUCCGGCGCUUCACGGGGCCCUGCUGACUCCAUUUCCCAGGCAGCUUUGCGGCUCCCGGGCUCUGAAGAUCACACUUCUCAGAAUCGUUUCGCUGUAGGGCCGCCGUCCCCCUCCGGAGUCUCCGAGCCUUCGAGCGACUUCGACUCCCGGAGGCCUUUGCGGCCGACUAGGGUGACUACGUUUCCCAGAGGCCUCUGCGGCGCCGCCACCGGAAGCGGCGAGCGAGUCGAGUGUCCUUGCGCGCGGAGCCGAGGGACCAUGGUGCCCCGAGUGUGGUCGCUGAUGAGGUUCCUCAUCAAGGGCAGUGUGGCCGGGGGUGCCGUCUACCUGGUGUAUGACCAGGAGCUGCUGGGGCCAAGUGACAAGAGCCAGGCUGUCCUUCAGAAGGCAGAGGAGCUCCCAGCCCCUCCAAAGUUUAACUUUCACAUCCGCGACUCCUGGAAUUCAGGCAUCAUUAAGGUGAUGUCGGCUCUGUCGGCGGCCCCCUCCAAGGCUUGCGAGUACUCCAGGGAGGGCUGGGACUACCUGAAGGAGCGAAUCAAGUAGCCUGUCAGAGGAGGCCACCUGCCCCAGCCAGGAACAGGGGCAGGGAUGCCAUAGAGCUGGAGACUCCAGACUGGGACUGAGACCCCACGCCAAGGGCAGCUCCCGGCCUUGCUGGCCCAAUAAAGGACUUUGGAAGUGUU